UCAAAAUGGACGAUAUUUGUACAGAUGCUGGGAAUUGAAAUGAUUAAUUAGGCAAAUCUGAGUGUUAAUAUUUUAAGUUUUGACACCUGUUUGAUACAAGUAGACUAUCAUCAUGUCUAUGAGAGCAAAAAAUCGAAUGAAAAGUUCGUGGACUCCAUUAAGCGAUGGGGCGACAAAUAAUAAGCUGUAUGAAGAAAGAAGAGGUCUAGUAACUAAAUGGUUUGAUCGUUGGACAGAUGACCAGAGAAAGAAAGUAUUUGAUGAGUUGAUCAGAAAGUGUAAACCGAAACAGCUGGAUUAUCUACGAUGUGUCGUUAACGAUCGAGCUCCUGUUCAUCGUCAAGAUUUUACGUCAGUUCUACCGAGAGUUAUCUCCCUCUAUAUCUUCUCUUUCUUAGACCCACGCAGUUUAUCACGAUCGUCACAGGUGUGUUGGUACUGGAAGUUUUUAACAGAGUUGGAUGUCCUGUGGAUGGCGAAAUGUCUACGAUUAGGCUGGUACUUGACUUAUACCCCCAGUCCGUAUGAGACGGGUAUGUGGAAGAAGAAUUAUAUUGAACAUAUUCAGAGUUUACAGGCUUUACGUCCACAGUCACCUAGUAUUAAACACAGAAUGAACAAUUUAAGUCCGAGGGGAUCAAGAAAGGGUGGUCGUGAUGGAGGAGUCGGGGGAGUAGGAGGUGGUCAUGGUAAAGAUAAGAAUAAGACACCAUGGAGAGGUUCGGACCCAGUGCCAACCGAUACCUAUAGAUAUAAUAUACUAGAUAAUAAUGAUGUAAUAGAAGAGAUAAACAAACAGUAA